AUGGAUCCCACGCCGGCCACUUUGCCGCUUGCGGGCGCCGCCUCCCGUAGUGCCACAUCAGCCGCGCAGCAGUUCGCCUACGCGGCCGCCGCGGCGGCGGCGACGAUGCCCAGCGGCGAUGCGGCGGCCCCACAGCCGCUGACGGGCGCCACCGCGUCCACGUACAUUCCGCUCGAGCUGAUGAUGUACCGACAUCAUCAUCAUCCUGUCGCCGCCGCGGCUGCUGGUGCUGCAAGUCUAGUCCUGCCGCAGAACCCGGUCCCGCCGUGUUUGUUGAGCGCUCAGCCGAUGAUGUGCCAAUCGUGCAUCUAUUCCUCGCCGUCCCAGCCUUGCUCAAUGCACCAUCCACCAAUUGCAUAUGGUCAAGCGACACCGAGUUAUACUCUUGUGCCACAGUCACAACAUGCUCCAUCACAACAACAAACACAGCAACAAUCCAUCGGUGCAGUUGCGUCACAGCAGCAACAGCAACAUAGCGGGCAACAGCAGAUAAUCAAUGAUCCGUCACAGUUGCCACAAACGCAAUUGACUUUGUCGAACAACGUUGUAUUACAUCAGCAUCAGCAUCAGCAGCGAAGGGAAGUGGAGAUAGCCCGACAGCAUACAUCGUUGCCACCGACGCUUGCGCCACAAAUGCAUUCAAUGACGAUGCGACUGAAGCGCGGCGCUCCGAUAUCUUCACGAGUGCAAUCAGCCCUGGAUGCCGCCGUUAGAGCUCCGAAGCUGCGGCGAGUGGUGAGCGAUGGUACUCGUGCACGUGAUAUCCAGGCUGUUCAGCCCGAACCAAUGAUUCAACCACCUGCUCCUGCGGUGCCUAGCGUUCAACAACAAGUACAGUCUGACCAACCGCCGUCGACGUCACAAUUAGUGGCGGCUGCAGCUGCCGUAGCAGCGGUCAGUGCCAAUGGUGCCGAUAUUGUUACCAAUCCUACGCACUCACAAUGUGUGCAUUGUGGAACCCGGGGUCCAUGUCCAGCAUGUAUACCGUGCUACUGUGCAUACUGUCCACAUUCUACAGCUGUAAGUGGAACAGCUACCGCUGGGCUGAAUCCUGCACCGGGUCAACAUCCUACAGUUCAACAAAUGACAGUGCCGAGUACUCCACAGUUCGCGCAUAUUGCUCCACAGGCGCAACUAUCUCAAAUGGCAUCUGCUGGACUUCGCUAUGUCCACGACGCGAUAUUUGCGAGCCACAUGUUGGAGUCAAUGCAACGUCACCAACAGCAACAACAACAGCAACAGCGACAACAAGACCAGCUGAGCCAGUUUGGACGGUUAUUACCAAGUUCUACAGGACUAUAUGUACUACCGCGAACCGGAGGCUAUCCGGCUGCGUCGAAUGGUCGUUUGGAAUUGCAUAUGCUCGUCAAUACUGGAAUGCCUCCAGAGCUACUUGGUAUGGUUGAGCGACCGCUGGAUCGACACCAUAUGUUUGCCGCUCCUGUCGCUGAACCAUUACCAGUUGGUGCGAGUCCUCAGGAUAUCGAGAAAUGCACCGAGAAAAUCAACUUUAUAAAAGAUGUAGAGGUGCCAGAGAACGAAACAGAGCGUUGUACGGUUUGUCUGUGUGAGUUCGAAACUGGCGAAGAAGUACGCAAUCUACGCUGUACGCAUAUAUUUCAUGUGAAUUGCAUCGACAAAUGGUUGGUGUACAACAAGAAGUGCCCGGUGUGUCGAUUGGACGUCGACAAACAAAAAGCGGUGUUGAUCGAAUAG